AUUCUCACACAGGUUCACCAGAGGUCAGCAGACUUGAACAGUAAUGCCAGGCACAACUACCACUGUAAGAGCCGUUUCAUGGCUCAUACCAAUGCUGCGGUCAAGAGCAAAUCUUACAGUCUUGCUGAGGAUAUUCGGAAACCAGCCAUAGGGACUACCAGUUUGGCAGCAGAGGAGCCAUCAACCAAUAAACGCCAUCAUCAUGGCUUUGAUGCAGACCAAGAUGCCAAGAAAAUAUAUAGUGCCUGCAAAGGAGCGGGAACUAAUGAAAAGAAAAUUAUUGAAGUCUUGUCAAUUCGAACAUCAGAGCAGAGACAACAAAUAAAACAGAAGUACAAGGCUCUAUAUAACAAGGAUAUGGAAGAGGACCUGAAGGGAGACCUGAGUGGGAGUUUCGAAAAGGCUGUGCUGGCUCUGUUGGACCUGCCCUGCGAGUAUGAGGCCCGAGAGCUUCAGAAGGCAAUGAAAGGCCUUGGGACGAAUGAGUCGCUGCUGAUCGAGAUUCUCUGCACACGAAACAAUAAGGAAAUCGUAAACAUAAAGGAGGCAUACAAACGGCUCUUUGAUAGGGAUCUAGUGUCUGAUGUUGAAAGUGAGACAAGUGGCUUCCUACGGAAGAUAUUAGUCACCUUACUAGAGGCAACCCGAGAUGAGACCCAACAGGUCAAUGCAGAGCUCGCUCAACAAGAUGCCACAGAUUUGUAUGAAGCAGGAGAAGGCCGCUGGGGAACAGAGGAGCUGGCUUUCAACAUUGUCUUAGCAAACAGAAGCUAUAGUCAGCUGAGAGCUACUUUUCAAGCCUAUGAAAAGGUGUGUGGAAAAGACAUAGAAGAAUCCAUUAAAAGUGAAACAUCUGGAGAUCUGCAGAAGGCUUAUCUCACUCUUGUCAGCUGUGCCAAAGACUGCCCAGGUUACUUCGCUACACUUCUACACAAGUCGAUGAAAGGAGCUGGGACUGAUGAAGACACCUUGAUUCGCAUCCUUGUGACUAGGGCUGAGAGCGACCUGCCAGCAAUAAAGGAGAAGUACCAGCAAAUGUACAAGAAGUCAUUAGCUGAAGCUGUCCGGUCCGAAACCUCUGGGGACUUCAGAAAGUUGCUGCUGGCUGUUUUGCACUAAAAAGCCAUUAAGAAUGAAGAGGCAUGCUGAGCAGCCACCUCUUGAUUAGUUUCAAAAAUAGCAUCCAAAAAAUGUGGCAUUAGCACAAAGAAAAAAAAUCCAAUUUAUUUUCUUUCCAGCUAGGAAAUGUGUUGCCAAGAAAUGCUGGAUGUGAGGUUUAUGUUAUGGCUAUCUCGCCAAAUGUCCUUAAGCAAUAAAGACAUGUUAAAAAAA